UUUCUAAACAUGGCGGACACAGGUGGAAAAAAGAAAGGGAAAAAAAAGGGCACGAAAAUGCUCCUUACGACCUUUUUGUCGAAUGAUACCUCGCAAGGCAGUGGGAGUAGCGUUGUAUACGCUGCCAAGCCUACUAAUUCUACUAGCUGGGCAGACGAAAGUGAAGAUCUUCCCGUUCAUGGAGGCACUUCAUGGGCUGAUCCCUAUCCUCCGCCCCAAGAAGUCCAGCGUAUAGUUUUACCCACAGCUCCUAGAGCUGCAAGAGCAGGAGCUGUUGACAUGUCUACUCUGCCAAAGGGACCACCAUACACCGCAUUUCUUGGCAACCUACCAUAUGAUGUUGAAGAAGAUGAUAUUUUCCGCUUUUUUCAUAAUGUUCAGGUCAAAGAUGUUCGCCUACCAAGAGAGUCGGAUAACGGCAGACUUAAGGGCUUUGGCUAUGCAGAAUUUGAUGAUAUAAAUGUAUUUUUGAAUGCUCUACAGUUAGAUGACCAGACUCUAAAAGGAAGACGUAUACGAGUUGAUGUUGCUGGACAAUCACAAGGAGCUGAUAAAGAAAAAGAAACUAAUAGAGGACGCGAUCAACCUUCGGAAUCUGAUGGAGAUUGGCGUGCGGCUCCGAGAAGUUCUGCUCCUCCCCCCGGACGAGACUCGAGAGAGAUGGAUGGUCGUGAUCAGAGACGAGGAUUUGGGAACGAUUCUGGCAGAGAUGACCGAGGGGACGACAGAGAGUGGAGGUCAGCUGGUGAUAGGAGGGGAGAUUUUGGUGAUCGAGAUGGUAGAGGGGGUGGAUUUGAAAAUAGGGAUGGUUACAGAGGUGACUUUGAUCGAAAUAGAGGCGGUGGAUUUGGAGGUGAUAGAUAUGGCGAAAGGGAUGGUUAUGGAGAGAGGGAUGGUGACAGAGAUGGGUAUCGAAAUAGAAGAGGUGGGUUUGGUGGACGUGAUGGUUAUGAUGAAAGAGGGUAUGGUGGGAGAGACAGGGGAGGUUUUGGAGAUAGAAGGGGUUUUGGCGAUAGGGGUUAUAAUGAUCGAGAUAGAGGAUUCGGUAAUAGAGAUCGGGGGUUUGGUGACCGGGAUCGAGGCUUUGGUGAUAGAGAUCGAGGAUAUGGUGAUAGAGAUCGGGGAUAUGGUGAUAGAGGUAGAGGAUAUGGUGAUAGAGGUAGAGGGUAUGGUGACAGGGAUAGAGGGUAUGGUGACAGGGAUAGAGGAGGAUAUGGUGACCGAGAUAGAGGAGGAUAUGGUGAUCGGGAUAGAGGAGGAUAUGGUGACCGAGAUAGAGGAGGAUAUGGCGACAGGGAUAGAGGAGGAUAUGGUGACAGGGAUAGAGGAGGAUAUGGUGACAGGGAUAGAGGGUAUGGUGAUAGGGGAAGAUAUGGUGAAAGGGAUAGAGGGUAUGAUGAUAGAGGGUAUAAUGAUAAAGAACCUGGUGAUCGUAGCAGAGAUUUCGGGGAUAUUCGAGAAAGAAAUGGCAACGAUCGUGGAGAAGAUGAACAAGCAAGGGAAACAAAGGAUGAAACAAGAUCGGAUGAUAAAUAUGAAAACGGUGGCGAACAAAGGGAAGAAACCCGACCACCAACUGAGCGCCCGCGUUUACAACUCAAACCUCGGUCCGUACCAAAAGAAGAUACAUCCAGCGACGCGAAAAGUCCGGCAUCAUCAGCAAUAUUUGGUGGAGCAAAACCUGUUGAUACGGCGACGAGAGAAAAGGAAAUCGCUGCUCGGUUGGAAAAAGAAAAUUCUGAAAAGGAAUCUCGCGAACCUGCCGACGGAAGGGGCGGCGAUCGUCGAAGGCUCAAGUCCACAGGAAGCGAAGAUGGUGAGAAGAAGUUUGAAAAGGGUCAUUCGCCAUCUAAUUUGAAACGACCAGGAGAUCGUGAUGACACCGAAGUGGGUCGUGGUGGAUCGAGAUCAGGUAGAGGGCGAGGGGACCGUGGAGAUACGGAUGUGGGUCGUGGUGGAUCUAGAUCUGAUAGAGGGCGAGGGGACCGCGGGGAUACCGACGUAGGUCGUGGUGCGUCCAGGUCUGAUAGAGGACGUGGUCGUGGAAAGGGUCCGGGUCGGGGUGGAAAGCGAGAACCGAAGGUCGUUGAACUGAAGAAGUACGAAGAACCAGAGGUUAAGGUCUGGGCAGCGAAGAGCAAGUUCUCUGCACUUCUUGACGCAGACGAUGACGAUGUUGAUUUAGGAAGUGAUGAAGAAGAAGACAAUGAAGAACGUGAUGUUGAAGGAGAAACUGUGCAAGACGACAGCAGAGUGGAAAAAGAACCCGAGGAAUUGGCUGAAGAUGCGGAAGAAAAUGAAAAGCAAAAUAGUGAAAAUGUGCCUGAGGAUAGAAAUGAGACGGAGACGCAAGAUGCUCAAGAUGAUUAAUGACGAUAGCAAGUAAACACUAGAGAGAAAAAGACGCGCAACUGUUAGCAAAUCUUCGACAUUUUGAUCUGAGGACGAAGAGAGCAAUCGCUCUUCGCUUCUUUUCAGAAUUGUUUUUUGCAGUAGUGCGCACAAACAAACCAUAGAGAAUUUGAUGCGGAAACAUUUUUUCCCGACGCCCUUUCUGAGAGUCUGUGCACAGUGUCUACGAAAGGCUGUUUCCGUAAACAAUACUUCCACUUUUCAAAUAAUUUGUUUACGUAAUAAUAUUUUGAUGACUGCGGGGAACAAUUUUAAGAUAUAUAUAUUUGAAAUUUGUGUACUCUUUCAUUUUUCUGCGUAGGGUGGCCCGCGAAUGUUGUGGCUUGAACACUUUGAAAAAGCUUGUAAAGCACAGCAUUGUAUAAUAUGUAUCAUAUAUUCCCCAAAGUGGAAUGCCACAAGUAAGUUAACGGCAUUGGCAAAGCUCGCUAAAAAUCUUUUUACCUCUUCAAUAUCAUUUUGUUGUCAAAAGACUGAACAAAGUGGUAUAAUAUGUUAUAAGACUUUUAUCAGUUAGUGACAUAUGCAUGCUGUGCGGAGCUAAAAAUCUAUGUUGAGUAAAUAUUCCAAGUUGUAUGAUUUUUU